GAAGCAAUAAUAUUUAUCAGCAUUUUCAAACAACAGCUAAUACCCAAACACCAUUUCCUCUUUAUCCACUGGACCACUACUCCUUCAAGCACAAAUUUUCAAAGAAACAAAAAAUGGCUGAGAGUGCUGUUUUCUUUCUACUAGACAAGCUUACACCCUUUCUCCUAGAAGAGGUGAAACUGUUUAGCGGAGUUCGCCAAGAAGUUGAAUACAUCAGAGCUGAAUUCGAUCGCAUGACUGCAUUCCUUAGAGUUGCGGAUUCAAUGGAAGAUAGUGACGGUGAAAUCAAAAUUUGGGUUAAGCAAGUGCGAGAGGUUGCUCACCACACCGAAGACGUUCUUGAUGUUUUCACGCUCCGUUUGACGCCUCGUCAUCAUCAUCAGCGGAACAGAUACCUUGUUUUUUUCCGGAAGACUUUUGGUUCUCUCAAGAACAUAAAAGUCCGGUAUCAAAUUGGUGGGGAGAUCCAAAGCAUCAAAUCUAGAGUCAAGGACAUUGCUGAGGGACAUCGGAGAUACCGUCUCAAGUAUAACGUGUUGCUGCAGGAGGGAUCAAGCAGCUCCACAACCACCACCCAUGUACGGUAUGAUUCGCGAGGUGAUGCACUCCUAUUAAAAGAAGCUGAGCUUGUAGGCAUCGACAAGCACAAGAAGGAGCUGAUUGGUUUUGUGGUCAAUCAGGCGGAAGAUCGACUAAAAGUGGUUUCUGUGGUGGGGAUGGGAGGAUUGGGUAAAACCACCCUUGUUAAGAAAGUGUAUGACGAUGCAGAACUAAGGAAACAUUUCGAGAGCCAUGCUUGGGUCACUGUUUCUGAAUCACCCAAGAUGGAAGAGCUCCUAAAAGACAUGAUUCAACAGCUCUCCAAGGAAAUAAAUCAACCAGUCCCCCAAGAAUUGGAAAGGAUGGACAUUAUGAGGCUGAAAGAGGCGAUUAAUGAAUUUUUGCAGCAGAGGAGCUACUUGGUUGUGUUGGAUGACAUUUGGAAUAUUGAUGCAUGGGAAGCUGUCAAAUAUGCUUUCCCAGACAACAAUUCCAAGAAUCGAAUCGUGCUUACUACACGUUCUGAAGAUAUAGCUUCCACCACUUGCGCAGAAACCCGUGGUAAUGUUUAUUCUUUGAAUCCAUUGUCUUUGGAAGACGCUUGGACUCUGUUUUGUAGAAAGGCAUUUCCGGGCAAGUCCUCCUGCCCUCGGCAUUUGGAGGAUAUUUCUCGAAGAAUCUUAAAAAGAUGCGAGGGGCUGCCCCUUGCAAUCGUGGCGAUUGGUGGUGUUUUGGCAACGAAGAACCAGAGUAGGAUUGAUGAAUGGCAUAUGCUUCAUCGCAGCCUUGAAGCUAACAAUAAGCUUCAGAACAUGAAAAAUAUACUCUGUUUGAGUUACAACGAUCUGCCUUGGUAUCUCAAAAUUUGUUUCUUGUAUUUGAGCAUUUUCCCAGAGGAUCAUGAGAUUGAAUGUAUGAGAUUGAUUCGAUUGUGGACAGCGGAAGGAUUUGUCCAAGUCAGUGAAGAUGGAUUGACAAUUGAAGAAGUUGCUGAGGGAUAUGUCUAGGAGCUUCUCAAUAGAAGUCUGAUCCAAGUGACAGAGAAAACUGUUGAUGGAAGGGCGAAAACGUGUCGUAUUCACGACCUUUUGCGUGAAAUUAUUAGUAUUCCGAAGUCGAGAGAACAGAAUGUUGCAACUAUAGCCAGUGAACAAAUCGAGAGGUCGCCUGGAAAAGUUCGACGCUUAUCAAUCCAUAAUGGGACCUUCGGAAUUGUACAACAAAGCAAGCGACUCUCCCAGCUUCGUUCGUUAUUCAUGCUUGGUGUGAGUGAUCCUUUAUCCAAGUCAUCAAUGCCAAUAUUGUUUAGUGGUAAUUGUAGGUUGCUGAAGGUUUUAGAGUUGAGAAAUGCUUCUUUGGAGACAGUUCCAGAAGUUGUUUUCAAACUGUUUUGUCUUAGAUAUCUAAGCUUGAGGGGAACCAAUGUGAAAAUGCUUCCAAACUCUAUCGGCGACCUUGUAGAUCUUGAAACUUUGGAUCUGAAAGAGACGCAUGUUACUAAGUUGCCAGUUGAGAUACAGAAGCUCCGACGACUUCGUCAUCUCCUGGUGUAUAGGUACGCGACUUUUGAAGGAUUUAUUCCACCUUUUCACGGUACACAUGGCUUUGCAGUAUCGAAGGUAAUUGGAGAUUUGUCGUCGUUGCAAAAGCUUUGUUAUGUGGAUGCAAGUGGUGGUGAUGGUGGGAGUGCUAUAGGGAAGCUGACCCAACUAAGGAGAUUAGGGAUUGUAAAGUUGAGAAGGGAAGAUGGAAUGUCUCUGUGCUCCUCCAUUGAAAAGUUGAGCAACCUUCGUUCAUUAAUGGUGAUCUCGACAGGAGAGGACGAGAUCCUUGAUGUCCAAUCUUUGCCUUCGAAUUUGCCGCCUCAGUUUCUUCGAAAUUUAUAUUUGCAGGGAUGUUUAGAGAAGUUACCACAUUGGAUACCCUCUCUUGAUAACCUGGUGAGACUAGAUUUAAGAUGGAGCAAGCUAAGGGAUGAUCCACUGCAAUCCCUUCAAGAUUUGCCCAACCUGAUGAAUAUUGGACUUGAUCAGGCUUACCAAGGAGAAGAUUUGUGUUUCAAGGCUGGAGGGUUUCCGAUGCUUAAGAAAUUAAGUCUUACCCGAUUAAAAGGAUUGAGAAGGGUGACAAUGGAGGAGGGCGCAAUGCCUCAUCUUGAAAAACUUUAUAUUUUCGAUUGUCAAUUGGUUAAGGAGAUACCCUCGGGCAUUGAGCAUCUAACCAAACUUCAAAAGCUUGAUUUGUUUGAAAUGCCUAUGGAAUUGCUUAUGAAGCUAGAUAAAAGCAGAGGAGGUGCAGAUUACUGGAAAGUAGCUCAUAUCCCAUAUGUUCGAAUUCUUCACACUAAUUUUUUAAGACGAUCAUAGAUUACCUCAACUGCACACAUUGCCUUUUCCUUUUCUUUUUUCCAUUUCCGGUUUUUGUUUUUUUUUUGUCUGUAAUUUUUUCAGUUUUUAAUUUAUUGUUAGCUUAUUACCAUGUUGACAUGAAAAUAAUGAAGGGAAAAACAAAA